AUGUUUUUUGAUAACGAGUCCUUUUCACUUUAUUGCCUUUCUGGAGAAUUUCUAUUAUUUUAAAAACGUGUUAUUAGUUUUUAAUAAUUUUACAAAGUAAUUAAUCAUCAACUUAAAAGUACUGAGCUAGUGAGUUUGUAACUACAAGUCUUCAAGUUAAUACACGAUGCCUAAAAAUAAAGGAAAAGGAGGUAAAAAUCGUAGGCGAGGUAAGAAUGAGAAUGAAACAGAAAAGCGUGAGUUGGUGUUCAAAGAAGAUGGACAAGAAUAUGCUCAAGUUACCAAAAUGUUGGGAAAUGGACGUCUAGAAGCAAUGUGUUUUGAUGGUGUAAAACGACUUUGUCACAUUCGAGGAAAACUUAGGAAAAAGGUGUGGAUCAAUCAAGCUGAUAUAGUAUUGAUAGGCUUACGUGAAUAUCAAGAUACAAAAGCCGAUGUAAUUUUGAAGUAUACGCCUGAUGAAGCUCGUAACUUGAAAACAUAUGGAGAAUUUCCAGAAACUGUUCGCAUCAAUGAUACAGUCACAUUUGUUGAUGAUGGAUUGGAUGAGGAUAUUGAAUUCGGAGAUGAUAUUAGCGAAGAUGAAGAAGCAGACAAUGCUGUUGAUAAUAUUUAAGUUUAUUUCAAAAAGUAUCCAAGCUGUAUGGUGACAUUAUAGUUCUAAGAUCCGACUUAUGAUUUUAAAAAAAUAUAUUGAAAUAAAUAUAUACUUAAAUAAUAA